AUGUCUUCAGAUAUGGAGCCAAAGUGUGACCAUUGUGCAAGCGUGCAAGCAGUGAUUUACUGCAAAUCAGAUUUGGCUAAACUAUGCCUAAACUGCGAUGUCCAUAUACACUCUGCGAAUCCACUGUCACGUAGGCACACACGGUCUUUGAUCUGUGAGAAAUGUUUCUCACAGCCUGGCGUAAUCCGUUGUCUCGACGAGAAGGUUUCAUAUUGCCAAGGAUGUCACUGGCACAUAAGUAACUGCUCUGCUUUAGGGCACAGACUUCAUGUCUUGAACCCUUUCUCUGGUUGUCCUUCUCCAACAGAAUUUGUCAAAAUAUGGUCUCCGAUUCUUGAACCUUCUGUCUCCGGUUUGGUUGGUCCGUUCGUUGGUUCUUUGCCCUUGAAUGAUCCUAUUAAUGCUAUAUUUGGGAUGGGGAAAAUCAACGAAUUAGAUGGCUUCAUCGGUUCUUCCUAUUCCAUGGCGCCACACAACAUAUGUUAUACUCAGAAUCUAAGUGAUCAAUCGUCUUUGCUUACCGUGGAAUCCAAGGGAUGUUCUGAUUUGGUUCUUAAACUUGAAGAAGGAGAGGAAGAUAUAUGUGAAGGGCUUAACUUGGACAAUGCGCCGUUAAACUUUAACGUUGGAGAUGAUAUAUGUUCAUCACAAGAUCACAUAGAAUUGGACCAUACGGAACCAAACUGUCUCGUGAUCGACAAGAACAACACAUCCGUGACAGCCUCAAACUUUACUAUAGACAACGCUUUAGAGGCAACGUCACCAGAACAACAUGAUUGCUUAAGUUAUCAGUCAGGUCCGUUUCAAAUGAACAUCAGCACUGGAGGAAUUGCUCUUCCUCUUCCUGGAUCACCUGCCUUGUUCGGACAAAUGCAUCCGACCAUCACAUGUGAAAACAGUGCAGCGGAUUACCAAGAUUGUGGGAUGUCUCCAGGGUUUAUGAUGAGCGAUUCGCCAUUAUGGGAAUCGAAUCUUGAAAUUAGUCCACAAGCAAGGAAUGAAGCUAAGUUGAGAUACAAAGAGAAGAAACUAAAGCGCACGUUUGGAAAACAGAUUCGAUAUGCAUCUCGCAAAGCGAGAGCUGAUACAAGAAAAAGAGUGAAAGGGAGAUUUGUGAAAGCUGGAGAUAAUUAUGACUAUGAUCCAUCAUCACCGAGCUCAAACCAGUGA